UGCGUCAAGAUCUCGACUGUUUCCGCCCCCGAGCCCAUCUGCACCCAUUCACACGCAAGCCGCCACCCCGCUCCUGCCAGCAGCAUGAAGAUUCAGGAAGUCCAGAGCACCUCGAAGGAGCAGAGAAUCGCCACCCAUUCACACAUCAAGGGACUCGGCCUCCGCGAUGACGGAACAGCCGAGCCUGUCGCCGCCGGCUUUGUCGGCCAGGAGAAUGCCAGAGAGGCCGCUGGUGUUGUUGUGGAUCUGAUCCGGUCGAAGAAGAUGGCCGGUCGGGCGGUGCUGAUGGCCGGUGCUCCAGGAACCGGAAAGACAGCGCUCGCGCUUGCUCUGUCUCAGGAGCUCGGCUCCAAGGUCCCGUUUUGCCCCAUGGUUGGCAGCGAGGUGUACUCCUCCGAGAUCAAGAAGACCGAGGUGUUGAUGGAGAACUUUAGGCGGGCAAUUGGUUUGCGAAUCAAGGAAGUCAAGGAGGUCUACGAAGGUGAGGUCACCGAAAUCACUCCAGAGGAGAGCGAGAACCCUCUGGGUGGCUAUGGCAAGACCGUCUCCCAUGUCAUCAUCGGCCUCAAAACCGUCAAGGGUACCAAGCAGCUCAAGCUGGAUCCGGUCAUCUACGAGAGCCUGCAGAAGGAAAAGGUGGCCCCUGGCGAUGUCAUCUACAUCGAGGCCAACAGCGGCGCCGUCAAGCGUGUUGGCCGCUCCGAUGCAUACGCAACAGAAUUCGAUCUCGAGGCCGAAGAGUAUGUGCCCAUCCCCAAGGGCGAGGUGCACAAGAAGAAGGAAAUCAUUCAGGACGUGACGCUGCACGAUCUCGAUGUUGCCAACGCUCGACCGCAGGGCGGCCAAGACAUCAUGUCGGUCAUGGGCCAGUUGAUGAAGCCCAAGAAAACAGAGAUCACGGAUAAGCUCCGCAAGGAGAUCAACAAGGUCGUCAACAAGUACAUUGAACAGGGUGUCGCCGAGCUCGUCCCCGGCGUUUUGUUCGUUGACGAGGUCCACAUGCUCGACAUCGAGUGCUUCACGUAUCUUAACCGUGCACUUGAGUCUUCGCUCUCGCCGAUCGUCAUCUUUGCGACCAAUCGCGGUAUCUGCACCAUUCGCGGGACCCAAGAUAUCGUGUCGCCUCACGGCAUCCCUGUUGAUCUGCUGGAUCGCCUGUUGAUUGUCCGCACGCUGCCCUACGCUCUGGGCGAGAUCAGGACCAUCCUCUCGAUCCGCGCCAAGACGGAGAGCAUCAACGUUAUCGAGGAAUCGCUGGACUAUCUUGCUGAUAUUGGCGUCAAGACGUCGCUCAGAUACGCGAUCCAACUCCUGAACCCGGCGAACGUGCUCGCCAAAAUCAACGGCAAGGAGGCGAUCGAGACUCCUGAGAUUGAAGAAGUCCACCAGCUGUUCCAUGACGCCAAGACCUCUGCCAAAAAUCUCCAGGAAACCUCGGAAAGCUACAUCGUUUAGGACGACUCAAAUCCGCUCGGGUUGGCACAUCCACUGCGACGGCGCCACUGGGGGACUGCCCUGGGCUGGAUCUGACCUGACCUGAUCAGCACUUUACUUAAUUUAUGAAAUAUGGACAGCACAAAGCUUGGUUGGAUGUGCUAGCCAUGAUCUUUUGUGAUGCCGUAAUACACAUGACGCAUGCCACCACUCCUUCCGGGACAUGGCCG